GCUAAGAAUAAGGAAACUGGUGCUUUAGCGGCUGCCAAAGUCAUUGAAACAAAGAGCGAAGAUGAACUGGAGGAUUACAUGGUGGAGAUUGAAAUACUGGCAACCUGCGAUCACCGGCACAUCGUCAAGCUGCUGGGAGCGUUUUAUUGGGAUGGCAAGCUCUGGAUCAUGAUUGAGUUCUGCCCAGGCGGGGCGGUGGAUGCCACCAUGCUGGAGCUGGACCGAGGCCUGACCGAACCUCAGAUUCAAGUGAUUUGCCGCCAGAUGUUGGAAGCCCUCCAUUACCUCCACAGUAAAAAGAUCAUCCACCGUGACCUGAAGGCAGGCAAUGUGCUCCUCACCCAGGAUGGGAACAUCAAGCUUGCUGACUUUGGGGUGUCUGCCAAAAACAUGAAAACCUUGCAGAAGCGAGACUCCUUCAUUGGGACCCCUUACUGGAUGGCCCCGGAGGUGGUGAUGUGUGAGACCAUGAAGGAUACUCCAUAUGACUACAAGGCGGACAUCUGGUCCCUGGGAAUCACGCUGAUCGAAAUGGCCCAGAUUGAGCCACCCCAUCAUGAGCUCAACCCCAUGAGAGUCCUGCUGAAGAUUGCCAAGUCUGACCCCCCCACACUCAGCUGCCCUUCCAAAUGGUCCCUGGAGUUCAGAGACUUCCUGAAGACAGCGCUGGACAAGAACCCGGAGACCCGGCCCAGUGCUGCCCAGCUGCUGGAGCAUCCCUUCGUCAGCAAGGUGACCAGCAACCGGGCCCUGCGCGAGCUAGUGGCUGAGGCCAAGGCUGAGGUGAUGGAAGAGAUCGAGGACAGUCGGGAUGAAGUGGAAGACGAUGACUCAUCGGAGUCUGCCUCGCCCCUGGGUAAGCACAAGCGGGACCCCUCUGAGGCGAGUCAGAUGAGUUUUGAUGGGGAGAAGCCUCCAGACUCUUCCUUGCCCAAGGCAGUGAAUGGGCCUGUGGGGACUGGCAAGGACACCACAGAUGGACAGUGCGAUAAAGUCUCAGAUGAAGGGAUAAGCAGUGACAAUGACAAACUGGAGAGCAACCACUCCACAAAAACCCUUGCCAGCUCUGCCACCUCGGCCACCCAGGGCCAGCCAGACAUUAUCUCGCAGCCUGGACGGCUGGGUAACUCAACAGAGGGGGGCAAGCAGCCUGCACCAGGCAGGAAGGAGCGGAAGAGCAUCGGGGAGCGACCAGAGAGCAGCCACCUGGAGAACUUCACAGAGGAGAAGCUUGCCAACGGGAGCUUGGAUCCACCAGCUCUGUUUUCCAGCCGUCAGUCCAAAGAGGGUUCAGAUUCUGGCAGCACUUCAGCCUCUGAAAGCAUGGACCUGACCAUCUCCCUGUCUGCUGACCUGACCCUCAACAGAGAGAGUGGCUCCAUCUCCCUGAAGGAUUCACAGAUGCACAAGAAGACACUGAAACGCACCCGCAAGUUUGUGGUGGAUGGAGUAGAAGUGAGCGUCACCACGUCGAAGAUCAUUAGCGAGGAUGAGAAGAAGGAUGAAGAGAUGAGAUUUCUCAGACGCCAGGAGCUGCGGGAGCUGCGUCUCCUCCAGAAGGAGGAGCACCGAAACCAGGCCCAGCUCAACAGCAAACACCAGCUGCAGCUGGAGCAGAUGCUCAGGCGCUUUGAGCAAGAAAUGACGUCAAAGAAAAAGUUCUAUGACACCGAACUGGAAAACCUUGAACGGCAGCAGAAGCAGCAGAUUGAGAAGAUGGAACAAGAUCACUCGCUGCGCCGGCGGGAGGAGGCCAAGCGCAUUCGCCUGGAGCAGGAGCGGGACCAUGUCAAAUUCUUGGAGCAGCUGAAGCAGAUGAAGAAGGAGGUCAAGAACGAGGUUGAAAAACUGCCACGGCAGCAGCGCAAAGGGAACAUGAAGGCGAGGAUGGAUGACUUUGCCCAGAAAAAACAAACCAUGGAACAGGAGUUUUUGGCCAAGCAGAAGGAGGACCUGGAACUAGCCAUGAAGAAUAUAACUGCCCAGAACAAAAGAGAGAUCUGUGACAAGGAACGCGAGUGCCUGAAUAAAAAGCAGCAGCUCAUGAGAGACCGGGAGGCGUGCAUCUGGGAUCUCGAAGAGCAUCAGCAACAGGAGAAACACCAGCUUGUCAAGCAGCAGCUAAAGGACCAGUAUUUCCUCCAGAGGCAUGAGUUGCUGCGGAAGCAUGAGAAGGAAAGGGAGCAAAUGCAGCGAUACAACCAGCGCAUGUUAGAGCAGCUGAAAAUUCGGCAGCAGCAGGAGAAAGCUCGGCUCCCCAAAAUCCAGCGGAGUGAAGGGAAGACACGCAUGGCCAUGUAUAAGAAGAGCCUUCACAUCCACUCUAGCGGGAGUGCAUCUGAGCAGCGGGAAAAGAUAAAACAGGAGACGCAGAUGAAGGACAUGCAGGCCCAGUGCGAGAGCAACACGAAUGAGCUCCAGCAGCUGCAGAAUGAAAAGUGUCACCUCUUGAUUGAGCACGAAACCCAGAAGCUUAAGUCCCUGGAUGAGAACCACAACCAGCACAUGAAGGAGUGGCGAGACAAGCUGAGGCCACGAAAGAAGGCCCUGGAGGACGAGCUGAACCAAAAGAAGCGUGAGCAGGAGAUGUUCUUCAAGCUGAGUGAGGAGGCAGAAGGGCAGACGCCAGCAUCCCCAAUGAAACAUGCCAAGUUCGUCCCAUUCAGCUCUACAGAGAGCUCGUAA